AUGGCGGUGACGGCACCUCCUAUAACUUCUGCUGCUUAUCUUCGAGUUCUAAAUCGCCCCUGUUUCUUCACCUCCAAGUCUCGCUUCGGCCUCCAAUCACCCACCAAACAGCUGGCCCUUACAAUCGUUGCCAUGGCUCCCAAAAAGAAGGUUAACAAGUAUGAUGGGGGCUGGAAGAAACAAUGGUACGGCGCAGGGAUCUUUUACGAAGGCAGUGAAGAAGUGGAAUUUGACGUAUUCAAAAAGUUGGAGAAACGUAAAGUCCUUAGCAACGUAGAAAAAGCAGGACUCCUAACUAAAGCCGAGGAGUUGGGAUUCACUUUAUCGUCGAUAGAGAAGCUGGGUGUGUUUUCGAAAGCUGAGGAGCUGGGCUUGUUGAGUCUGUUGGAGAAAACGGCAAGCGUUUCGCCGUCUACAUUAGCCUCUGCUGCGCUGCCCAUAUUGCUGGCGGCAGUGGUAGCGAUUGUCGUUAUACCUGAUGACUCGGCAGGGUUGGUGGCCGUGCAAGUUGUGUUGGCAGGGGCACUUGGGGUUGGUGCUGCCGCCUUGUUGGUUGGGUCUGUUGUUCUUGAUGGUUUACAAGAAGCUGAUUGA